CUUUAGCAGUCACCCUCCCUCUCACCUAUCCGGCCACUUUAGUGCUUAUUUAUCCACAGGAUCCUCCCUUGUUCCAUCGUGACAGCGUUUCCGACGAUUUUUAUCCAAACCAUCGGAUAUUGGACAGCAUGUGUUUUGUCUUUCUGCCUCGGUGAUGAUUGAUUUGUACGAAAACACCGCUCGCGAUCCGCCGCCGCUGUGAUGAUGGAGAGGCGGUGCGUGUCAGAGCGGGGCGGCUAGAGGCCCAACAGAGCCCCGCGCUGGAUUUACAGCCUUGAACGAGCGACUGAACACCAACAGCGGAUUACCUCAGAACAACUCUCCGGUACAUAACCCAUGUUAGCUAUAUAGAUAAAUGUGAGACUAUAAUUCAUUGGACCUGAAGAGACGCUAUAAAGCAAACAGAUCAAAUGAAGGUCUGAAAUAUGAUGGAUAUUUACAUUUACAAGUGUCCCUAACAACCGACUAAGGAGAGAAGGAGGUUGACAAUUAUUGCUUCCCUUGUUGACUUUGCGAGGAUUACAAAUCAUGCCUCCAAGACCCUCUUCAGGAGAGUUAUGGGGCAUCCAUUUGAUGCCCCCCAGGAUUUUGGUGGACUGUCUGCUGCCCAAUGGCAUGAUCCUGACACUAGAGUGCCUCCGGGAGGCUACACUCAUAACAAUCAAACAUGAGCUGUUUAAGGAGGCUAGGAAAUACCCCCUUCACCACCUUCUGCAGGAGGAAACCUCUUAUAUUUUUGUCAGUGUAACGCAAGAGGCAGAGCGAGAAGAGUUCUACGAUGAGACCAGGAGACUCUGCGACCUUCGGCUUUUCCAGCCGUUCCUAAAGGUCAUCGAACCUGUAGGGAACAGAGAGGAAAAGAUCCUCAACAGAGAAAUUGGUUUUGCCAUUGGCAUGCCAGUGUGUGAGUUUGAUCUAGUGAAGGAUCCUGAGGUGCAGGACUUCAGGAGAAAUAUCCUUAAUGUCUGCAAGGACUCAGUAGAGUUGCGGGAUGCCAGCGGGGCACACAGUCGAGCACUAUACGUUUAUCCUCCUAACGUGGAGUCUUCACCAGAGCUUCCAAAGCAUAUAUAUGGCAAAUUAGACAAGGGUCAAAUCAUUGUGGUCAUCUGGGUGAUCGUCUCGCCCAACAACGACAAGCAGAAGUACACACUAAAGAUCAAUCAUGACUGCGUACCUGAGCAGGUGAUCGCCGAAGCCAUCAGGAAGAAAACCAGAAGCAUGCUGCUGUCCGCCGAGCAGCUAAAGAUGUGCGUUCAGGAAUAUCAGGGCAAAUACAUCCUGAAGGUCUGCGGCUGUGACGAGUAUCUUUUGGAAAAGUACCCCAUCAGUCAGUACAAGUAUGUACGGAGUUGCAUUAUGCUGGGUCGCUUGCCAAACCUCAUGCUUAUGUCCAAGGACAGUCUUUACUCUCAGCUGCCGAUGGACAACUUCACCAUGCCCUCCUAUGCCCGCCGAAUUUCCACCGCAACGCCUUACAUGAACGGAGAGGCCUCCACCAAAUCUCUUUGGACCAUUAACAGCACCCUUAGGAUACGGGUCCUCUGCGCAACAUACGUUAAUGUGAACAUUCGGGACAUUGACAAGAUUUACGUGCGGACAGGGAUCUACCAUGGUGGAGAACAGUUGUGUGAUAAUGUCAACACGCAGCGUGUCCCGUGUUCAAAUCCGAGGUGGAACGAGUGGUUGACUUAUGACAUGUACAUUCCUGACAUCCCCCGGGCGGCUCGUCUCUGUCUCUCCAUCUGUUCUGUGAAAGGAAGGAAGGGGGCAAAAGAGGAGCAUUGUCCACUGGCCUGGGGAAACGUCAAUCUGUUUGACUACACACACACUCUGGUCUCAGGAAAGAUGGCACUGAAUCUGUGGCCCGUACCACACGGCCUAGAAGACCUGCUUAACCCCAUCGGUGUCACAGGCUCCAACCCUAACAAGGAAACCCCAUGUUUAGAGCUGGAGUUUGACUAUUUCAGCUCACCUGUUAAGUUCCCUGACAUGGCUACAAUUGAGGAUCACGCUAACUGGAUAAUAUCCAGAGAGAUGGGAUACAAUUACUGCCAGUCUGGACAGAGCAGUAGAGUGGCGCGAGACCAUGCAAUGACAGAGACAGAUAUAGAGCAACUUCGGCAGCUGGGCAACAGGGACCCACUUUCUGAGAUCACUGAGCAGGAAAAAGACUUCCUAUGGAGGCACAGGCAGUAUUGUGUAAAUAUACCAGAAAUCCUGCCCAAGAUUCUGCUGGCGGUGAAGUGGAAUUCCAGAGAUGAAGUUGCACAGAUGUAUUGCCUUCUGAAAGAUUGGCCUGCAAUAAAGCCAGAACAAGCCAUGGAGUUGCUUGACUGUAACUACCCUGAUCCAAUGAUCCGAGACUUUGCGGUUAGGUGCCUUGAGAAGUAUCUAACCGAUGACAAACUCUCGCAGUACCUCAUUCAGUUGGUUCAGGUUUUGAAGUACGAGCAGUAUCUUGAUAACCCACUGGUGCGAUUUCUGUUAAAAAAGGCUCUCACCAACCAGAGGAUUGGGCACUUCUUCUUUUGGCAUUUGAAGUCAGAGAUGCACAAUAAAACAGUGAGUCAGCGGUUUGGCCUGCUGCUGGAGUCGUACUGCCGCGCAUGUGGCAUGUAUCUGAAGCACCUGAGCAGACAGGUGGAGGCCAUGGAGAAGCUCAUCAACCUCACAGACAUUCUCAAACAGGAGAAGAAGGAUGAAACUCAGAAGGUGCAAAUGAAGUUUCUAGUGGAGCAGAUGAGGCGGCCGGACUACAUGGAUGCCCUCCAAAAUUUCACCUCUCCACUAAAUCCUGCCCACCAGCUGGGGAACCUACGACUUGAAGACUGCAGAAUCAUGUCCUCUGCCAAGAGACCGCUCUGGCUGAACUGGGAAAAUCCUGACAUCAUGUCCGAACUUCUCUUCCAAAACAAUGAGAUCAUCUUCAAGAACGGGGAUGAUCUGCGGCAAGACAUGUUGACACUUCAGAUCAUCAGAAUAAUGGAGAACAUUUGGCAAAAUCAGGGUCUGGACCUGAGAAUGCUCCCCUAUGGCUGCUUGUCUAUUGGAGAUUGUGUUGGUCUCAUCGAGGUAGUAAGAAGUUCACACACCAUCAUGCAGAUUCAGUGUAAAGGAGGCCUGAAGGGUGCGCUGCAGUUUAACAGUUCAACGCUGCAUCAGUGGCUAAAGGACAAGAACAAGGGUGAAAUGUACGACAUGGCUAUAGACUUGUUUACGCGAUCCUGCGCUGGCUAUUGUGUGGCCACUUUCAUUCUGGGCAUCGGUGACAGGCACAACAGUAACAUCAUGGUGAAGGAUGAUGGGCAGCUGUUUCAUAUAGAUUUUGGUCACUUUUUGGACCACAAGAAGAAGAAAUUUGGCUACAAGCGAGAGCGAGUGCCGUUCGUCUUAACUCAAGACUUCCUAAUUGUGAUCAGCAAAGGAGGAACCCAGGAGUGCACUAAAACCCGAGAGUUUGAGAGGUUUCAAGAGAUGUGCUACAAGGCAUACCUGGCCAUCCGACAGCAUGCCAACCUCUUCAUCAACCUCUUCUCCAUGAUGCUGGGCUCAGGAAUGCCGGAGCUGCAGUCCUUCGAUGACAUCGCUUACAUCCGCAAGACUCUGGCAUUGGACAAAACCGAGCAGGAGGCCCUGGACUAUUUCAUGAAGCAGAUGAAUGACGCUCACCAUGGCGGAUGGACCACCAAGAUGGACUGGAUCUUCCACACCAUCCGACACCAUGCCCAAAACUGAGCCCAAUGGUGGAACUUAGGGCCGGAAAACAGGCAGAAACCAAACACUUUUUGCAGGACGCACUGCCUGAUUUAUGCCAUGAUGAAAAAUGGCACUCAAACCUCAUGUACAAAUGACCUUCAGAGCACUAAAACAACCCAGAAGGACAUCUUUUUUUUUUUGGUGUUGUCCUUUUUGUUUAUUUUUUUGUCCCAUAUGAGGCAUCUUUUGCCAUUGUCCAGUGUGGUUUUACAUUAUAGCUGUAGUUUUGUCAUACUUCUUUUUUUUUUAAUAAUUCUCUCCCCUUGUGCUGCUCUUUUCCUGGAGAGUCAACUCUACUUGUCAUAUUUUAUUAUUUUUAUUAUAAUUAAUAUAAUUUUUUUUUUUCUGCGGAAAACAAACCUUCAAGAAAAACAAACAUUCUGCACUCUUCAGGAGCUUUUGUGGGGAUGUUCAUGUCUUCCUGUUUAAAACUACAAAUGCCUUCUAAUAUGCACGGAACCUCUGAGAACACUAGAAAACAAACGAAAGAAAAAAAAAAACAGGGUAUGAAACUUGGUCUGCUACCUGGCCUUUCCCCUCAAAACCAACACUAACCCCUGAAAGGCAACUGAGGCGUAGCAGUGCGAAUCUGAUGGUGCUGAUUUUGGAAUUGCGCUCUUGCCCUUUUGAGUUCAGUUUGGCCCCCGCUGGCCUUUACAAUAGACGGACAGGAUUUCGUUCUUCUUUCUUCCUAAUAUGCACAGCGAGCUAAAAUGAUAGCCUGAAUACCUUAUAUUAUGCACUGGACGUGAAUAUUUUCAUUACAUUUUUAUUAUUAUUAUUACGAACUCACAUUUUGGCUCACAUUUGGUCUCAUAUUCCUUAUACAGACUUUUAAAACAUGGUUUGUGUUCUUGAUAUGCACGCAACGCACUAUUCAAUAGCAGUACAGGAAGAAUUAUUAUUAUUAUUGAUGGCCAGUAUGGAUGGCGAUGUAAACAGAUGAGUGCUGAUUAAAUCGAUCACAUAUUUGACACUAUAUUUGACUACCAAUGGGUUAAAAAAUGGCUAAAAAAUGGCAAACUAGUAACACAGGCCUUUAUAUAUCAGUCUGACACUAAUAAGAAAACAUUAAAAUUUUUGUUCGCUCAUAGUUGAGUAAAGUUUUUGCCGUUCCAGUGUACGAAACAUCACAGGAAUCCAGGUUAUCGGCUCUCUGUGUUUUUCUCGGUUGAUUUACAUUCAUCCAUCCGGAUGCUCUGGCAGCAGAUAUAUGAAGCCUUAAUACACUCAUUUAGUAUGAAUGGAAAUUAGUGUCCUCCAUUUGCCCUCGCACGCCGUUAGAAAGCAAACGCUUGUCCCCUAAGCAGUUGCGAAAGAUCAAAAUCAUUUUUCUCCCUCUCAGUUGAGUCGCUGUAUCUCUGGGUACUUUUAUUCCACUACACAGAAUUUACAGGUUUGUUCAGGAAGCAUUAAGACGGUGCUAUGUAGUUAGACAUUAUAUUGAAAGAUUCUACAGACGAAAUGGAUGUUUUUUAGACGGUGAAAUGGCUUUUAGAUGCUUCAAGUGGAUGACGCUGGUAACAUUUUGUUUACGGACAACACUACAGUUCAGUGCAUUAUAAUACAUGCUUUUAUAUGUGUGUGUGUAUAUAUAUUUAUAUUUAU